GUGACGGCCUUGCAGUCUCGACUGCUUGACCAUUACAAACUUGGCGGCGUCUUGGGCGAAGGUUCGUUUGGCGUGGUCUGGAGCUGUGAUCACAUCAUCACCGGCGAGGAGCAUGCAGUCAAGAUGGUGGACAAGGUGGAAACACCGUUAAAAGACAUCAUGCGCGAAGCUGAACUGAUCCGGACACUGGAUCAUCCGAACAUUGUGAAGUGCUUCGGCAUUUUCUUUGACAACUGUUUCGUGUGUAUCGUCAUGGACAAGUUUGUCGGCGGAGAUGUGGUUCAAGCUUUGCAGGAGAGAACGAGGGCCGAGCGCAUUUUCCCAGAUCACACCAUGGUGCACGUGACUCGACAGAUGGCGGCAGCUAUCGAAUACGUGCACAGCCGGAACGUCGUUCAUCGAGACAUCAAGGGAGACAACUUCCUGAUGGAUCGCACGGAUUUGACUUGUUCCCAAUGUAAACUUGCCCUCACGGACUUCGGGACAGCGUGUCGUUUGGAGCCAGGUAGACGGCUGCACGCAGAAUGCGGCACCCAACCGUUCUGGUCACCAGAGUUUCUGGGUGUUGCAAACUGGACGAUUUUGGAUCCAUCCUGUAGGCAAGCGUCCGGAACCCGGCCAUGCGAAGGAUCGACUCAGACGGUAUCCGCCCUGAAAACCUGUAACGAUGAGGUGGAUGUUUGGGCACUUGGCGUAUUGACGUUCGGCCUUGUCACCACGAAGUUUCCAUUCAAGGGCGAAGGAGAGGUGAGGAGCAAGCAGAUUCUUUUCCCACCUUACGUCCAUGACGAAUGUGCGGAGAUGAUUUCCAUGAUGUUGAAGAAAGAGGAGGGCCAGCGGGCUUCAGCCGCGGACAUCCUCAGACACCCCUGGCUGGAUGGCACGCGGAAAACAACAACCAUGCUGCUGCAGACAUCCUUCCUCAGCGAGAACAGCGGGCUCGAUGGCGAAAGCUUUCAGGAAGCCGAGGUGGACCACGAGGUGACGCGCAGGCGUUUGUCCCUUAUCGACCGCAUGCAGCAAGAGCAUUUGACGAUGGAUCCAGCUGCCAACCCGACAGCUUCCCGCCGCUUGAUGAACCACACAAAGAACCAGUUCUUCAUCCAGACACAGGACGCAACACUUUACUACAAGUGGAUUCCAAGUAAUCUGUUGCGGAAGCAGAAUUCCCUGCACCGCUUUAUGGACGGCCAAACUGAGACCGAUCACAGCGGAGAGUGUCUUUCUUUGUCCCCGCCAGACGUUCAGUUGUUUGAUAAGUUCUUGAGGGAGCACAACAUCGAGACGGCCAAGUUUGGUGUGGACCGCGCGAAGUCGCUGCAGGCCCUUGCAGCCGAGGUGCACAGCGGGGCCUCGCGGCUUAUGCUGGAUGCAGCAAACUACAAGAAACUUGUGCGAGUCGUGGAUGUGGUCGUGCUGAAGCUCUAUGAUGAACAGGACCGGCUCCUAGUAGACAUGGAGGAGCACUUCUCGGACGGGCGUCGAAGACCGACGCGACGUCUGCCAGGUUCGAAGAAGGAGACGACGGAGAACAUCCGCCAGACAGCUGAACGAAUUCUGGAGGAAACAUUGAACUUGGAUCCGGCCUUGGUCUCCUUCAACCUCCACCUGGUGAUCAACCAGGAAGAGGAGUUGGACUCGCCAUCCUACCCUGGCCUACACACGGUGUAUCGAAAGGAAAUUGUUACUGGCACCGUCGAAUCCGAGGAUGCCGAGCUGCAGAAGAAGUUUGGCCUCGGGGUUGAUGCGACGGGCUGGCGAGCCUCCGAGCGAGGCUGCACCAGGCUGCUGCAGUGGAUGACGGAGGAGGAAGCUGUUGCUGCUUACGUCAAGGUGGAUGUGGAGAGUUCAGUAAGCUCUUCUCUGGUCCAGGCGCCGAUUGGGUUGAAGGAGGAGGAGCUCACAGCCUAUCUCACAGAGCUGAAGGUUGAUGUGAGCCAGUAUGGUCGCCAGGGCGCUAAGACGCUAAAACAGUUGUCCGACGAGCUCGUCAAGGGCGAGGUUCAAGUGGGCACGGACAAGAAUGGAGUCCCUGUGGUUGUCUCUGAGGUGGUGAACCUCUGCAUCCACGAUCCCAUGCGUUGCGAAAUGCUGUGUCAGUACAAGCAGCUUGGCUCCGGCGACUGCGCCUAUGAGCACCUCUCGCUGCCAUGCACGACACGGCGGCCAGAC